ACUGGCCCCUCCCACUGACAUACACACAGACAACACAGAAAGCGGGAGAGGCAUUUAAAACUUUUUGAGAUCUGUCACAGGCUUUGUCAUCCCGACAACCUUGGCGUUUGUCGCACGAUUAAUUACCACACUGACAGAAGACUUUGCUCUGGUCCUUUAUUUUAUCAGCCGUAGGAAACGUUACACCGUGAACUUCCUAAGAAAGUUCUCUUCAGCACUACCGAGGUUUCGCUGUUCUACAGAGCUAGACGUGACCGUUCAAGAAGACACCCUGCUGCUACUUUUUCUGCCACGUCUGACUUCAGGAAAGCGUUCUGUUCCAGCCAUGUGGCUCAUGACACACAUACGCCCCUCCACCAUCCUGUUUUUGACCCUCAGCAGCUUGGCCUCUGCAGGCCCAUUGUCUCGGAGCCCUUGUGAACUUUUGCCAGUUGGGGCGGGUCACCCGGUUCAGGCCAUGUUAAAGAGUUUCACUGCCCUAUCAGGCUGCGCUAGCCGAGGAACCACCAGCCUCCCUCAGGAGGUGCACAUCAUCAACCUACGAAGAGGCAAUGCACAAGGAGACAGAGACAAACCAGCAGAGGUGGCGUUACAUCUGCGGCCCAUCCAGUCCCUGCAUGUGCACCAGAAACCGCUGGUCUUCGUCCUGAACUCCCCUCAGCCUGUCCUCUGGAAGCUCCGGACAGAGAAACUGGCCUCAGGAGUCAAACGCAUCUUCCAUGUUGCAGAAGGAUCUGAAGUGCACUUUGAGGCAGGAAAUUUCUCGGAGUCGUGUGAGGUGAAGGUGGAAAAUCUUCCUCAUGGCAAUGAGCACCUGCUUUCUUGGGCCCAUCAGCGCUAUCAUGCAGUUACCUCUUUUAGCGAGCUCAAGAUGGCCCAUGACGUCUACAUCAAAGUUGGAGAGGACCCCGUCUUCUCCGAGACCUGUAAGAUCGAUAACAAGUUCCUGUCUCUAAACUACCUGGCAAGCUACAUCCAGCCCCAGCCAUCCACAGGGUGUGUUCUCUCAGGUCCUGAUCAUGACCAGGAGGUCCACAUCAUUGAGCUCCAGGCACCAAACUCCAGCAGUGCAUUCCAGGUGGAUGUGAUUGUGGAUUUAAGGCCGCUGGAUGGUGACGCCCCACUCCAUCGUGACGUUGCGUUGCUUCUGAAAUGUGAGAAGUCAGUGAAUUGGGUAAUCAAAGCCCACAGCGUCAUGGGAAAACUGGACAUUGUGACGUCAGAUACCGUCAGCCUGAGUGAACACACAGAAAGGCUGAUGCAAGUGUCAAAGACGGUGAAACAGAAGCUGCCCGCAGGAUCUCAGGCUCUCAUCCAGUGGGCAGAGGAGAAUGGAUUCAAACCCGUCACUUCCUACACCAACACCCCUGUUGCCAACCACUUCAAACUGCGCAUCAGAGAACAAGAUCUAGGGAUCAUGGAUGAGGGAAUGUUCCCACCAGAGCUGUCCAUUCUCCUCAAUACCAGCCCACUUUCUAAGCCCAGCGCCCGGGAUUCCCUUGCACAGAACAGGUUCCCGUUUCCCUUCCUGCCAUCCAUGGACCAGGGCCUGUCAUUCCCACCUCUGACACGGGGUCUGGAGGAGCACAGUCAUCAGGCUGGGGGUCCCGAGGAGCAGCAGGGGGCUUCGAAUGUAGGAUUCAGUGUGCAGUGUGAGAAGAACAAAAUGGUGGUCAGCAUUGACAAGGAAACUCUACAGGCCAAUGGGUUUGGAAAACCCAACAUCACUCUUCAGGAUUCCCAAUGCAAAGCAACCUCCAACAACACUCACUAUAUACUGGAGACGCCCCUGUCUGGCUGCCAAACCACCAAAAUUCCCUCCCACUCCAGCCCAGUGGUCCUUUAUAUCAAUUCAAUUGUUAUUAGCCAAUCAGAACAGAAGGAUGGAAGCGGCUUGCCCUCUGAAUAUGAAGAUAUGGAGACAGGAGAUGUUGUAAUACCAGGAGAUCCGGAUCUGACAGAAAGAAUUGCAACUGAAAACGGACAUCGUGCGAAUAUCUUGUUUAACUGCACAUACCGUAAAAACCAGGACACCCCAGUUGGCAGUGUUGAUUCCACUGUAGUUUCUGUAGACAAUGUUACCUUCAACAUGGAACUGUAUAACAAUCCAUUUCACUACCCAAGCACUCAGUCCUUCCUCACCGUCACUGAGAACCGGUCCAUCUAUGUCGAGAUAUCAGCCACAAAAACUGAUCCUAACCUUGAGUUCAUGAUCCAGUCCUGCUUUAUAUCUCCAGACUCCAGUCCUCAUACACUGUCGGACUAUGUUGUCAUAGAGAACAUAUGUCCUAAGGACGACUCUGUGCGCUAUUACCCUCAGCGAGCCGAGUUCCCCAUCCCUCAUGCUCAGAUGGACAGAAAACGCUUCAGUUUCACCUUCAGAUCAAAGUUCGAUGUAUCAUUGAUCUUCCUGCACUGUGAGAUGUCCCUCUGCACCAGAAGAAAUGACAAGGAGGUGAACCUGCCAAAGUGUAUGCUACCAGAUGAAGCCUGCACUUCCCUUAGUGUGGAAAACAUCCUCCUCAUGAUGAUGAGCACAAUGAAGACCAUCACUAAGCCAAUUGUGGUCGUCUCUGACAAUGUGCCUGUCACUGUUAAUGUACCUGUGGAACCACCUGGUCCACCACUUCCAGGCAUUAUAUAUUUCCUGGACACCCCAACUGUGGUGGGCAUCGCUUUUGGUGCCUUUGUGAUUGGAGCCCUUCUGACUGGAGCUCUAUGGUUCAUCUACUCGCAUACAGGUGGCACAGCAACAAAGCAGCAGGUGCCAAAGUCCCAGCCGGUGUCUGAGAACAGCAGCGCGGCUCACAGCAUCGGCAGCACACAGAGCACACCGUGUUCAAGCAGCAGUAAUGCAUAGAGCAGCUGGGCUGAUGAUGCUUCCAUUGGCAUUGUAUGGAAGAGUCUGUGUUUCGUAGCAUAACCUUAGGCCUUAUUAUUUUCAUUAUUUGGAGCUGUUUAGGCUCAGUAUCCAAACAGAUGAAAAAAGCUACAUUUAGAGGUGAGGGAAAUAACCAAAUAAUGAAGAUCCAAG